AUGCCUAAGCGUAUUUUGUGCUCGUAUGGAGUCGAUGUUGAUGCCGUUGCUGGCUGGCUCGGCUCCUAUGGAGGUGAAGACUCACCCAGCGAUAUCUCCCGUGGCCUGUUUGCAGGAACACAUGGGACUCGUCGAAUGCUCAAGUUGUUCGACAAGUACAACAUCAAGGCGACAUGGUUCAUCCCUGGCCACAGUCUUGAGACUUUCCCCGAAGAAUGCGCCAUGGUCCGUGAUGCAGGCCAUGAAAUAGGGCUCCACGGCUACUCUCACGAGAACCCUUCCGACAUGACACUAGAGCAACAGCGGGAUGUCUUGGAAAAGACUCACAAGAUGCUCACAGAGUUCUGCGGCAAACCUCCCCGCGGAAGUGUCGCUCCUUGGUGGGAGACUAGCAAGGAGGGCGUUGAUCUGAUGCUGAGCUAUGGCAUUGACUGGACCAAAAUUGACUACAAGCAAAAGGCCGAGACUUGGAUGAAACCAUUAGUCAAGGGACAGGAUACAGGGCUUGUUGAGAUUCCAGCAAACUGGUAUCUAGAUGAGUAUGUCCACUACGCUUGCGACAAUGAUGCCGAGAAUAACCUGACACCGUGA